GCGCUCGGGGGAGGCGACGUCGUUAGCAUACAACUGAUAGUGAUCUGCUCCCCUUAUCUGCAUGCCCGCUUUGUUUUGAUUUGUCCGCUCUUUGCUUGGAUCUCGAUCUGUUAUUACUCAAUUAUAUGCAGUCGAUGCAAUACUCAAUUCUAUACUUUCCCCGUUUUUUCCUUAAUUUCUCUGAUCCAAACUGGGAUUUGUUCAUUUAGUUCCAGGCACCACCAGAGCAUUCAAACUGUUUCCGAUCCACACGCCCUUCGCAAACUUGAGAAACGCUAGCACGAGAGGAAGAGCAGGCAGCCCGCAGCCAUGGCCGAGGUCGGGGGCAUGCUCGCCUACGCCAUGCUCAAGAUGGUUACGCAGCAGCUUGGUUCCAUCAUCGGUGGCCAGUUAAAACUGCAGUGGUACUUCAGUGACGACUUUAGGAAGAUGAAGAUGACUCUGGAGUCGAUGGAAGCAGUGCUCCAGGAUGCUGAGAGGCGGUCAAUCCGGGAUGCGGCAGUAAGGCUAUGGCUGAAGCGCCUUACGGACGCUAUGUAUGGCAUCUCUGACAUCCUUGGCGAGUUUGAAACUAUGGAAUCACCUGGACGGAAGGUCUGUGUGCAGAUGCCAUAUCUUGCAGUUGGUUCAAAGAUUUUGAUUGCUAAUAAGAUGAAGAAGAUGAGGCAGGAAGUGGAGAAUAUUAAGGAUCAACACCGGCAGUUCAGUUUCAAGACAGACAGUAAAUCUAAUGUGCAACCAGUUCCUGAUGAACGGGAAACAGACUCCUAUAUGGAUGAUCAAACGCUCGUAGUAGGGAGGACCGAAGAUAAAAGAAAAAUACUAUCUUGCUUCUCAGAGAGCAUGGCACAAGAUAUUACUAUCCUUCCUAUAUAUGGCAUUGGAGGCAUUGGCAAGACAAUAUUGGCAAAAUUAAUUUUCAAUGACACCUAUUUCAAAGAUCACUCAAAGGUUUGGAUCUACGUGUCCCAGAUGCUUAAUGUGAAUAAAAUCGGCAACUCUAUUAUAUCCCAACUAUCAAAAUGUGAGAGCAAUCUGACUGAAAGGCAGAUGAUACGCAACCACCUUGGACAGCUACUCACUGAUCCUAAUUAUAACAAGAAGAUUAUGAUUGUUUUGGAUGAUGUGUGGGAGGAAAAUGAUUCUCAGUUGAAUGAAUUGAAAACUAUGCUACCGGUCAUAAAGGGUGGCAAGGUCGUUGUAAUAGUGACCACACGCGAUGAACACAAUGCAAGGAAAAUUUGUACCGUUCAACCAUAUAAACUACUACCUUUGUCAGAUGAAACUUGCUGGGCUAUAAUAAAACGAAAAAGUGAGUUUGAAGCUAGAGAUGAUAAAGAACAUCUGGAGCAGGUUGGGAGGGACAUUGCCAUGAAGUGUGGAUGUGUUGCUUUAGCAGCUCAAGCACUUGGAUACAUGUUGAAACCUCGUACUUUUGGUGAAUGGGAGUCAGUGAGAAACAGUGAUAUCUGGAAUGCAUCUACUUCAGAACAAGAAUCUUUGGCACACCACAAUGUGCUUGCAUGCUUACUAUUAAGCUACAGGAGUAUGCCACCACCCCUGAAGUUAUGUUUUGCCUAUAGUGCAUUCUUCCCAAAAGGUUAUAAGCUAGACAAAAAUGAUCUAAUUUACCAAUGGAUUGCUCAUGGUUUUAUUCCACCAUCUAGCAUAUUCUCAACUAGACAGCUUGGUGAGAAGUAUGCUAAACGGCUUUUGGGAAUGUCAUUCCUGCAACAUUCAAAGCUAUCUUCUAAACUUCCAGAAUCAUUUGUGGAUCUCAAGGAAUUGGUUCAUUUGGACUUGAACAACUGCCGAAGUCUUAACAUUGUGUUAGACAACUAG